AGUCUCGUUUGGAUUGUGCCACCACAUGCUCUGUGCGCAUUCUGUGCACUGCACUUCAACUGUGCACAGACGGCACUGGUGCAAUUUUAGAGACUUCAGAUUUAGUUUAAGACGACUAAUUUUAAUAGUUAAGCCUACUAAUGCUUUACCAAAAUGCGUUAGUGUUAUAAUGGGCAGUGCGCAUCACAAAUACGCGCAAAUAGUGAUCAAUUAUCCAGACCAGAGCACUUGACAUCGAAUGAUGAAUGCCGAAAAGCCAAACUUUCUGUCGCAGCCUGUCGUUAAGAAUGUUUUCAUGUACCGUAACGGAGACCAACAUUACGAGGCCCGGCGGAUAGUGAUUAACCAGAAGAGAGUGUGCAACUUUGAGACUUUACUGCGGGAAGUGACUAGCGGGAUCCAAGCGCCCUUCGGAGCCGUGAGGAACAUCUACACGCCCAGAGGUGGACACAAGGUGGACCGACUGGAGAGCCUGCAGAGUGGAGAGCAGUACGUAGCUGCAGGCAGAGAGAGGUUCAAAAAACUCGAUUACUUAGAGAUUGGCCCAAGAAAGAGAAGGAUGCUGCAGGCUCUUCCUCUACAGGUAAAACCUCCACCACAAAACAGGAUCAUGGUGUCAGCGCGUUUUCUGAAGCCAAUCAAGGAGCCAUGCCCCAUAUUUGUUGUUGCCAAUGGUGAUGUCUUGAACCCAGCCAUGAGGUUGCUGAUCCAUCAGAGGAUGCUGGGACAGUUUGAUAAGAUCCUGGAGAUGGUCACAGAGAAGAUGGGUUUGAGGGUCCUAGGGGGAGUGCGCAGUCUGUACACCUAUGAGGGCCAACAGGUGACUGAUGGGAACCAGCUGGAGAGUGGUCAGCUCUAUGUGGCAGUGGGGAGGGACAAGUUCAAGAAGCUGCCCUACAUUGACCUACUUUUCUCCAAACCUCGGGGGAUGAGAAGAAUGAAAGCUUACUCUCUACCACCAAUCUACAGAAUGUCAAAGCAAAAUGGGACUGGUAAGUCCAUGGUGCAGUCCAGUGACAGUGGAGAAACAGACCCUGAAGCCUCUCCUUCUGGUCUGAACGGCAACAGUAAGGAGCACCUGUCCUCCAUCGUCAGGGAGAUCUCUCAAGCUCGACUCAUCUCACUGAGGAAGAGGAGGAGUGGACAGAGUAUGGCACUGGGUAGCACUGACCAGGAUGAUGUGGAGGGGAGAGGCGAGGGGAGAAGCACGGGGGAGGAUGACCUUCAGAACCAGACCGAGCAGCAGAACUCUUCCCCAAACAAUAAAGAAACUGCAAAAGGAAAUGAUUUGCCCUCGGAUGAGACUCCCAGUCCAACCGAUGCCCAUGUGUCCAAGGAUGACCCUGGUGAACCCACAGUAGGAGACGAGAAGCAGGACUCAAACGAACAAGAAAACUCUCCAUCAGACGUGGUCAAUAAUGCAGACACAGAUGAGAAAUGCCCUGCAGAGGAAAGCACGAGCCAGGGGCAGGGACCUUGUGAUAAGACUCUGGACAGUAAUGAGAAAGAGGGCGAGGAAUCUAGCAAAGGUGGACAAAAUGAUCAAGACAGAAGUGCAGAAGGAGUGGAGGAAGUAGACAGUGGGAAGGGGGUGAACGGCAGCCAUGAUGGAAGUAAUGAUGCAGACACAGGGGAGGAGCAGAAAGAACAGAAAGAAGACAGCAACGAUGUGGAUAAGGCCCAGGCAGAUAAUGAGACCAAAGAGGCUAAAAGUAGCGAUGCUAACAGGGAAGAGGAGGGGGCAGACGGUAACAAAGACACAGAGCAGUCAGAAGAGGUCAAUGGAGAGGUCAGCGGACAAGAUGACGAGGUGAAGAGUGAAGCGGAGCUAGACGUGGACAAGAAAAAUCCUGAAACAGACAAAGAGAAAGAAUGAGAAGAAGAUAAUUGAUAUUACAUUUUUUAAAAGUAGUGCUAAAAGCUACUCAGAACUACUGUGACAGAGUAAAUAUAUAGAAAACAAAGCUGUGAAGUAUAUUUUAUAUAUUUAGGUGACCUCUCUCACAAGUCAUACCAAAUACCAAAGUUCAGAAAUAUAUUUUACAGAAGUACAGGGUAAACAUAACCAUAACCAUUCUAUAAUUGUUCAUACUGCACACUGAUCAGACAUAAUGAUAAUCUUAAAGGUGCACAAUGUAACUUUUCAGAUUGGGGAUCCUCCACCUGCUUGUCUCCAUGGAGAUUUUAUAUAUACACACACACACACCUUUAAGGUCAUGGCCCAGAUUAUCGCUUCAUUGUGGGAUCUGGUACUAGUGGGUGAAAAUAUUAGGCAGCAGCUGAACUUGUGUCAGAAAUGUUGAUGUGUUAGAAGACAACUUGGAAAAUAUAUCGGCAACUUUGACAAGCUUCUGUGCAGUUCUGUAAAGAAGAAAGUGUGUGUUUUUAGAACUCCACUUUUACCUGAUUAGUGUGCAUCCAUCCAAAUGUAUGUACUCUUGAGUAGAGCAUAGUCAUGACAUUACCUUAUUAUCCAAAGUUUUAAUAGAAUUGUGGAUUAUAUUAUAUCACAAGCACAGGAACAGUUUAAUUAGUAUUUAUAUUUAAUCAUUAUUGCUGUUUGCACUAUACGGUGCUCAAAACAAUUAGACAGAAGUGUAAACUGGUGUAUUCCUAUUUUCAGGUACUUAUUUGUCUUUCAUUCAUAAUCAGAAGGUUCAAAUUAUUUGGAAAAAGUUAAUUUAUUGAUGGACCAAAGAUAAAGAAUAAUUACACUGCACUCUUAAGUAUGCUACAUGUAUGGAUGUUAAGUUGCUAAACAUGAUGUUUGUUUAAUUUAUACAAAAAUAAAAUUAAGAAACAUCCCUUC